UCAGCAGCGCACAAUACCCGCAGGUUCUGAUGUCACACUAAAACUGUACAGACUUUGAGAACAUGGCAGAAGUUGGAGAAAGUAGCUGAGGGAAAAUAAUAAUGCUGCUAAAUCGUGAAUUUGAAAUCUGAGGUUUUAGUUUCGCUGAGCGCGCUCCCUCCCUCCAACUUUCAGCACUUCUCUUUUCAGCUGAGGCGCGCUGCGCUUUUACGCACAAGUCUAGAGACACUGUCAGAGAGCCAUGCAGACCUUCAGUGUAUGACGGGGUCCCAGGCAGAAUUAUCGCUGCUGCUUCAAGAUGAUCCUGCUGCUCGGUCUGCUUUCUGUCCUCUGGGGAGACCCGGGUCUGUGUCUGGAGCAGGGUGGAGGCUACAGCUUUGAUGGAGACAUCCGCCAGUUCGCCGUGGCCUCCAACUCGGUUUACAUCGCCACAGAGGAGAGGCUGUACCAGCUGAGCCACGACCUGACUCUGAUCAACAGUCUGACCCAGAGAGGAAUCUUAAAGACCGGGAACCAACCGGAAGAUGCGCAGUUUUACCGGGUUUCUGAGACGGCUGCGUGGAACUCAACUUUCAGCAUCAACGUAUUGUUGCCUUUUACAAAGAGCGACUCAAUGAUCAGCUGCGGUGUGACUGACGAUGACUGCGGUUACUGUGAGGUUCUGGACCUGAAGAACAUCUCCAACCUUCUGUACAGGGAACACAUCCAGGUGGGACCUCUGAAGCACAGCAGCGCGUCUGUCAGCUUUCUGGUGGAUGUGAAGAAGAAAACUCAGACUGACACUUACAUUCUGACCGCGAUACAACAAAACAAAGAGCAGCCUGAAAACAGCAAGUGCGGCAUUAAUCACCAAACUAUCAACCUUCAUGACACAGAUAACAAACAGGGCGGAGGGAUAUUUUCUCUAACUGAUGGAGCUUCAGGCACUCCUGGGAUCAAAAGUAAAGGCGAUGUGGAGUUUGUUGAUGGAUUUCAGAUCAGUUCAACCAUCUAUCUGUUCUCCAACGCGCUCUCAGAUCAAACAAACAGAGUCCGUCUCAUUUGGCUUCAAGGCGAUAAAAGCAAAACGGAUGCACUGAAGUCGCUGCGGGGCGCGACUCUCAGCACCUUUGACGGUGAGAGCAGCAGACUCGUGGCCUCCUCGGUCAUCCCGGGGGAGCAGCCGGUGCUUUGGAGCGGCGUGUUCAGUGUGGAUGGAGGAGACACCAACACCGAGCUGAUAGUGUUUGACAUCAGCGCUGAUUCCAGCAGAGGGACCGAUAAAGAUCCAGACUUCUACACCUCUGCGCCAUCGAGAGUGACGCCAAAGAUCCUGAAACCAAAGGCGGUGCUCUUCAGGCAGCGCUCCAUGACCUCUGUGCUGGCAGUGAGGCAGAGAGGCUGGACGGUUUUCUUCAUUGGAACAGGAGACGGGCAGCUCAUUAAGCUUGCUGUGGACAGGAACUAUCACUCUGCCUGUCCCACGGUGCUCUACUGGACCGACGACGACCGCAAAGUGUUUCCCAAACUGCAUCUGGAUCCAGUGGAUCAUAAACAUGUGUAUGUGCCAUUUAGAAACCAGAUGAAGCGAGUUCCUGUGUCAAAGUGCAGCACAUACACAAACGUGCAGGAGUGUUGGUCUGCACAGGAUCCAUACUGUGUGUGGUGUGGCUCUAAAAGAAGCUGCACGUUUGAAGGUGACUGCACGGAUUCAGACUGGCUGUCCAUUCCUGAUGAUUCCCAACACAAAAUGAUUUCCCACAAAGUGGAAAAGGACACAAACGGACAGAUCUCACUAAAAAUCCACACACACCUGACUGUGGGCCAGGAGGCAGCGUCUAACUUCACCUGUCACUUCUCUGCAACUUCCAGAGAGCUUUGCAGUCAGAUCAACCCUCCUCCACAGUUCCCACAAUGCACCUGUGUCCUGUCUGAUGGAACACUUCCUCCUGAUGGCCUGAAUGUCACAGUAAAAUUUAGACUUGGGACGACAGAACUGUCAGAAGGACUGAGGUUAACCAGCUGCUCUGACAUCAGCGGACCACCAACUUCUGUUUUGUGUCAGCAGUGCAUCCAGGCUGGUUGUGGAUGGAGUAAUGGUAGAUGUUCUUGGGCCAAUCAAGGAGAGACUAAUCACAGCGUUUGCCAAAUAUCUGGGAAGAACUUCUCUAUCCCAGAGAUCUCCUCCAUCUCUCCCAGUGAGGUGUCUUUCUAUGGGAGGAACAACGCAGAGCUAUCAGGCCGUAACCUCAGAGAUGUGACUGCAGUGAGGAUCCAGGCAGAUACUGACUGUACUCCAAAAGACUCUCCAGUUUGGGACAACACUGGUGUCAGUGUGAAGUUCCACAUUCCCAGGUCAGAUAUCAAAGGUGUGGUCAACGUAUGCGCUCUCCUCCCAGAUGGUAGUUGCCAUGGCAAAGCUAAAAUCACCUACAGCUCAUCACCGUCCUGCUCCGAAAUUAUUCCAAGCAACAGCUGGGUCAGUGGGAAGAGAACUGUCACACUUAUGGGGUCCCACCUGGACUUUGUUGAAGGGGUCGUACACAGCCACACCGCACAGGAUGUCAUAGUUCCCAUCAGCAGCAGUGAUCAGAGGCUCAGCUACAGCACACCUGCAGCUUCAGUGAUUUCUAGCAGCACCGUGUUUCUGAAAGUAGCCAAUCAAACCUUGGCCUGCUCCACAAACCUCUCCUACUAUCCAGACCCUGAGUUUACCAGCUUUGCAGCCACGAGGACAGGGAAAGACGUCCACAUCACCAUACAGAAAAAGGCAGACAAGCUGCAGAUGAUGAUAGAAGAGUUAUCAGUGUGGGGCGUUCAAGGCAAUAAGACACACCAGUGCAUCAUGGAAGCCAAAGAAACCAGUAACGACACUGACUCUUUCACCUGUGAAAUUCAAAGCCCGCCCAAACCCGACUUUCAGAAGCUAUUGAUAAAAUAUGGCGACAUAUCUGUCUCACUGGACCUUGGAGCUGAGUUUCAGUAUUUGCUGAUGCUGAUCCCUGUUCUCCUACUGAUACCCUGCAUUGUUGUUGUGGUGGGGUUUCUCUACCAAAGACAACAGCACAGGUUCACUGAUAAGAUGAACAAGUUUAUAGAAGACAUGGAGCUCAACAUCAGGAAUGACAUCAGACAAGGUUUUGUGGAGUUGCAGACAGAAAACGUUGAUCUACUGGAAAAUGUUGGAGCCAUUCCUUUCCUGGACUUCAAGCACUUUGCCUCCAGAAUCUUUUUUCCUGAGAAUGAACCUUUGAUGGAAUCCUGUAUCAAAGACAUUGCUCAGGAUGGAGUUAAAAUUCAGCUUGAUGAGUGCUGCCAGGGUUUGUCCAAGCUGAUCCAGGACCGGCUCUUCCUCACCUCCAUGGUGCACGCUCUGGAGGACCAGAAGAGUUUCACCAUCAAGGACAAAUGUGCAGUGGCAUCUCUGCUCACCGUAGCACUUCACAGCAACUUGUUAUACCUGACAGAGGUGAUGGAGGUUCUGCUGAAGGAUUUGAUGCAGAAGAGCAGCAACGCUCAGCCCAAACUGUUGCUCCGACGCACUGAGUCCAUAGUGGAGAAGCUGCUCACCAACUGGAUGUCCAUUUGCCUCUACGGCUUCCUUCGGGAAACCGUUGGCCAGCACCUAUUUCUGAUGGUGAGCGCCCUCACACAGCAGAUUGCCAAAGGCCCAGUGGAUUGUGUCACAGAGAGAGCUCUGUACACACUCAGCGAGGACUGGCUGCUGUGGCAGGCUCAGGACUUCAGCUCGCUGAAGCUCAAAGUGCUGUUUGCCGUGGGCACUGACGGGGAAGUGAGUGAGCCUCUGGAGGUCAACGCCCUCUCCUGUGAUACAGUGGAACAGGUCAAAGAGAAAAUUCUGUCCACCUUCAAGGCCAAGUUUGGUUUCCCCUACAACAUUCCCCUAAGGGACGUUUGCAUUCAGUACGAGAAGAACGGCUCAUUCGUUCCUCUUGAAGAAGUGGAUGCAAGCUCAGAGGUUAUCGGGGAGGUGACGAUGCUCAACACGCUCAAACACUACAAGGUUGAUGAUGGCGGGACAAUCAAAGUGCUCUCUAAGAAAACUCAUCCUCCUCUGAGCCCGCAGGGAAGCCUGAAAGAUGAUGAAAACUUCUCUGGAAAAUACUUCCAUCUGAUCGAUCCUGAUGUGGAUGAGGAUCAAAGAAAGAACCCGGAGAAGAAGAAGUUAAAGCUAAAGGAAGUGCACCUCACCAAGCUGCUCUCCACCAAGGUGGCGGUGCAUUCGUUUGUGGAGAAACUUUUCAGGUCUAUCUGGGGCCUGACACUCAGCAGAUCUCCGUUCGCCGUCAAGUACUUCUUUGACUUCUUGGACACUCAGGCAGAAAACAUGAAGAUCACUGACCCAGAUGUCCUGCACAUCUGGAAGACCAACAGUAUGCCGCUGCGCUUCUGGAUCAAUAUUCUGAAAAACCCUCAGUUUGUUUUUGACAUGGAGAAGACUCCACAUCUGGACGGCUGCCUGUCUGUCAUCGCUCAGGCCUUCAUGGACUCCUUCUCUCUGAGUGAGACCCAGCUGGGGAAGUAUGCACCAACCAACAAGCUUCUCUAUGCCAAAGACAUUCCCAAGUUCAAACAGGAAGUGAGGAUGUACUACAAACAGAUCAGAGAUCAGUCGCCAGUCACAGACACAGAAUUCAAGGAUUUCCUGCAUGAAGAGUCAGAGAAACAUGAAAAUGAGUUCAAUGAAGCCGCCGCCCUCAGAGAACUCUACAAAUUCAUCCAGCGAUACUUCACAGAGAUCGAACAGAAACUGGAUGAGAACGGAGUUCCUGCUGAGCUGAAGGAGCAGCUACAACAUGUGAAACAAUCAUUUGAUGGACUGAAAAGCUGCUCCUGGAAUUGAAGUAUCGGUCCUUUCUCUAAUGGGAAUAAACUGAGAAUAUUAAUAGAGGCGAAGCCUCUUUUAAAGGAUUUUUUUUUUCCACUAAAAGUUUUUUGCAUCUGAUGGACUUGCACUUUUUAUUGGGUUCUGAGCACAAAUGUCCAAAGACUCAAGCCAUAACCAUGUCAAAUAAGGGUGAUGUAAAAUUAUUUUAAUAACUCUGUACAAUCAUUGUGCAACAUACAGUCUGUAGCGUCUUUAUCGACUCUGCCGAGUGAAUCUUUUUUCCUAUGCAAUUGCUUUAGAGCAAAUGUAAACAAGCUUCUUAAUACAAAAUCAAACCCUGAGGAUAUCAAGUGAAAAGGUGCCAAAGUCUCACAACAUUUAAGACAUAUAAACUGUAGAAAUAUGCCAAUAAAUAUUGGUUCUAUUU